AACAGGAAGUACACCAAUCGUUCGCGGAAACAACUUUACUUCUUCCUUGGCAACUGCCAAAGUUGUAGCUACCACCACACACUCACAGCAAUUUAGCAAAUCAAAGUUAACUAUAAAUUGGUUUGAAAUGCCUUUGAUUGUCAAAGAUUACACAUGGACACAGACAGAAACGAUUGUUUACAUAAAUGUACCAUUAAAAGGAGUAAAGGUUGGGAAAGUAGAUAUCUUUUCCACAGACGAAUAUCUGAAGGUACAUUUCCCCCCGUUUUUAUUUGAAGCCUUCCUGUCUGAGCCGAUAGAUGAUGACAAAAGCACAGCAAAAAUUGGAAAUGGAGUUGCAGUUUUCACAUUGCAGAAAAAGGAGGAGAGACUGUGGGAGCACCUUGUGAUUAAUAACAAUGACAAAGACAAAUCGAGAGAGAUCAGGGAAAGAGCACUCUUGAAAGCCCAGGCAAAGCUUGCUGCUGAGUCGAAAGCCAAAGCCACGAAAACACAAGAAGAAAGAAAAUAUGCACUGGAGACCAUGAUGAAGCUUGAAGAAGAGGGGAGAGCCAAGAUCCAGAAAAUGAAGGAUGAUGAAUGUGAGAAAGCAACAGUACAGUUGGAGGCAUGGAAACUGAAGCAGAGGCAAAUAGCAGAGGAGGAGGCCCAACUAAAGCUACAAAGUCAGAGAAUCAAGGUUGACAAACAAAGCAAAUCAGAAAAGAUGCAUGUACCCAGAACAUCAGACCAAUGCAAGGUCAAGCAUGAUCAGAAAAACCGUGUUCAAUCAAUCAGCAAGAAAAAACAGGUGGAUUUGCCAGCUCCAAGAUCCACAGGCAACAUUCAAAUCAAGUUCACACCACGAGUGUUUCCCACGGCUCUACGAGAAUCAAGAGUACCAGAGGAGGAAGAGUGGCUUCAGAAGCAGGCCGAGGCCAGAAGGGCAAUAAAUGUAAACCUGGCAGAGCUGAAGGACCUGACAGAAGAAGAGCGGAACCCUGACUGGUUAAAGGAGAAAGGAGACAAAUUGUUUGCAACAGGUAACUACUUGGCUGCGAUCAAUGCUUACAGCCUUGCCAUAAAGCUUAACAGAAAGAUUCCUGCCAUGUAUUCAAACCGUGCUGCUUGUCACUUGAAACUAAGGAAUCUUCAUAAAGCUAUUGAGGAUUCCUCUUGGGCACUUGAUCUGUUGACGCCACCUGUGGCUGGCAAUGCAGGUGCCAGAACAAGAGCUCAUGUAAGACGAGGCACAGCUUUUUGUGAACUGGAGCUCUAUACUGAAGGUCUUCAAGAUUACCAGGCUGCUUUGACAAUUGAUCCUCAAAAUGAAACUCUACAAGCUGACACACACAAAAUCAGACAAAUCAUCCAAGGGAGUGCACCCUGACCUGAAUGAUAUUUUUUAAUACAUUCAUAUAUAUUUUUGCAAUGAGGAACACUACAAUGAAUGCUGAUAGCCCACCUGUUCAGUGUAGCCUAAUGUGUUUAUAGUGAUACAAUAAAAAAGUCAAACAUUGUAACUUGCUUUACGUAACCAGCUAUUAGUGUGUUUCUGUAUGUCACAAAUAACAUAAGUG